UGCAGACUCCAUGGGUCUCUUCUGCACUGUGAUUUUGUGAAAUUAACCAGAAGUCUCUGUCAUUAAGCAGGUGCUGCUGCAGUGACCAGAAGGGUCAUGAGGACUCGAAACGUCAACUCUUUUCUUCUCCGCCGAUGCUGCUAGACAUGCUGAGUUUUUCCAGGUAAUUCUGUUUUUGCAUUGACCAGUUGUUUAUUUCACUACUGGGGAGAUGUUACCGAGAGGAGCAGAGAGCCUGGCUAUUUGGAGCAGGAAGAGGAAGAGAUGACUCACGGACCCGGGCAGCCCAAUUGGCAAGGUGUCUAUGGGUGGAUUUCCUGAAAGGCGAUAACCGCUGUUGUGUGUCGAAAGCGUGGACUCCUGUGAUAGAAAUACACAACGAUUAACGCUGAGGGCUACACCCUACCUUUUUCACAAUAUCCGUCACUUUUUUUUGGUUUCGCUUUCUCAGUCGAUCCCGCGGUUUUCCCUUGUUGAUUGGUUGUUGGCUCCACUAUCCGAGCCCCGGGCUAUCGGUGAAGCUGUGACCGAAACUCCCUUCCUGUGGCGUGAACGAUGAGGUCGUUCAGUGUUGCCGCCGCCGCCUUCCUCCUCAAUUUCGUUUUUACAUGUAACUCAACAAAAUUUGAAACCAUUUUUGGAUUAUUGCAUGGAGAUGUGUAUCUCCCUUUCGUAAAACCUGCUAACACAUCUGAAAUUGUGUGCAAGCUCGAUGGCAACAAGGUAUUUGAAUGGGAAGGUGGAGAGACACAAUAUUUUGGAACAUUUUUGAGAAAUACUGAGCUCCAAGAAAAGAAUGUUUUCAUGCAGAGAUUGCAGAAGAAUAAUACUGGCCACUACAUUCUAGAGUUCACACUAUCUGAUGGAAAAAUUACAAAAACAAAUAUCUCCCUAAUAGUACUUGAACGGCUCACAAUUCCAAAAAUUAUCUGCACUGGAAAUGUCUCCAUGGUUCUUCUCAUGUGUGAUCUAAAUGACACCGGUUCCUUUACUACUACUAAAUGGGAGUAUCAAAAAAAACAAGUAAUCACACAAGAUAGCCUAGCCUUAUCUAAUGAGAACAAGCACUUAACAAUACUCAACUCUAAAAUGUUUCCUGAAGAAUUUGUGUGUAUCGUGAACCAACCAGGAAAUAGCAAUCAGAGUGAUCCUUUUCUUGUACAGAACUGCUUUGAAACAAAAGAAAUGUUUCAUCGCCAUCAUUACUUAGUGGUUUCUAUUUGCGUUUUUGUCGUUCUUGCCUGUGUUUGCACCUACCUGUGUUUUCUAAAGCCAAAGCAAGAUGAACCUGCGAAGAUUAGUGAAGGCAAUGCCAAUAGUGAUGGCCCUAAAGAUUCAGAUAAUACAUCAGCCAAUGAAGGUGAUUUUAAAAUGGAGAAUGAAAGACAAAAAUCCAGGGAGGAAUGUCCUCCGAUGAAUAGCUGUUGAAUGCAUUGUUACUGACUGUUUUUGGAUAAGUUUUUGGUGAGAACAACAGCUAAUUUGAUGACUGUAAUGUGUUCCCCAUCCUUACCAUUUUUUAAACAAAUUCUUUCACGUGUGCAUCACUAGCUAGGCCAGUAUUUCAUUGCCCUUGAGGAGGCGGUGGUGAGCCUUGAACUGCUGCAGCCCAUGUGGUGCAGGUAGGCCAAGUGGCCCAAACUGAGCACCAGUGAGCAGGUUAUUGCUGAGUAAGUGCCAAUUGGCAGCACUAUCGACGACCCCUUCCAUCACUUUACAGAUGAUGAAAAGACUGAUGGGAUGGUAAUUGGCCAGGUUGGAUUUGUCCUGCUUUUGUGGACGGGUACAUUCCAGUGUUGUAGCUGUACUGGAACAACUUGGCUAAGGACAUUGCUAGUUCUGGUCCACAAGUCUUCAGGACUAUUAUUGGAAUGUUGUCAGGGCCCAUAGCCUUUGCAGUUGGAGAAGGGGAUAUUUGUGUAGCCUCCUCAUCCAAUUAGUUAUUUAAUUGUCCACCACCAUUCAUGACAGGAUUUGGCAGCACUGCAGAGCUAAGAUCUGAUCCACUGAUUAAAGAAAAGGGCUCACUGUGCUGCUAGUGCCUGAACAGUAGUCUAGUCAUUUUGUGACAUCUACUAUUAAUGCAGGCCUACUAGGGUAAAGGAUUGGAAUAUGCAUUUAUGCCCUCCUUUGUUAAUAAAUAAACAGACUUAAAAAUAUGAGCUACUAUUCCAUGAAUAGACUUUAAAAAAUAAAUGUACCACCCAAUGCGGCUCUUAAGUUAUACAGAUCCAAAAGUCUCAGCUUUAGUUUUGAGCCUGUGUUGAGUUGAUUUAUCACAGCAGUGAUAGAGUUCAGGUUGCUGUAAUUGGCUUCAGAGUUCUUAAGUUAAGGGAUGGAAAUUAGGUUCUCAAAUCAGUGAAUGUUAGAUGAGACAGAAGAGAGGCAUUGGCACUCAGAUCAACACCAACACAGACAGCACUUUCAGGUGAUUAUAAAAGACUUUAAGGGAUGGGAAACACAUUUUUUGGACAUCCUCAGUGUGGCAUCCAUGAACAUGAACUUCAGUGUUUAAUCCCAGUAUUUAUCUUUUUAAACAAAAAGGGAUAAACAUGUCAUAAUUGGAUUUUUAAACAGCAGUAAAUCCAUGACUACCAGUCAAAGGAGGGAACUUAAGAGUCCAAUCAUGGACCCAUGACCCUGAGUCAAUAUCGCCCUUGAAUUCAGGGACAGGCCACAAAAUAAUUAUGAGUCCACAUAUGUAAUUAUUGCUGUGCUUUUGAGUGGAGAAGAUUCUUCGUCUGUUCUCUAAUCAAGUAAUCUUCAACUCUUCACUAUAUGUUUAAUAUUGGACUCAAAUUCAUCACAUGGAGACUAUACCAGCAUACUUAAAUAGUUAGCUCCUGAUAUGCUAAGGUAGCCAUUCCAUUUUAUGUGUAAGACUCCUGAGAUUUGUGAUUACAACAGCAUUAGUGCUGAAUGCCAAAACCAAUUGCUGCAUUUGGACAUUAACAGUCCACCAACCAGUCGCUUCCUAUUUCACACAAGCGUUUCAGUGAUUACUCUUGCUUUCUGUCAGUGAAAUUCAUUCCUUUGAGGAUUGAAAAUGGAUUUCAAGCCAAAACAAAAACUAUUUUUAAAGAAGUGUUACAAUAGUAAAAUGCUAUUGCAUUUUAAAAGAAAUGAUCUGCAUCUUAUAUCAAUUAAUUAUGUAAAUUAUUUUAUUUUACUUUAAAAACAAAACAAAGCUAUCUGCAUUACAUUUUUAAAUCGCUCCCACUUGCAGUGGUCAAUAUAGCUGCAGUGUAUCUUGUUCCAUGUCUAGUUCUUAUAUCCUGCUCCACCCAAAUGAAGCUUCAAGGAGGGUGACUUUUCUUUUCUCUGAUUUGACCUUUUUAUAGGCCUUAACCUUGUAGAAAUCACUUAAACAUCUGAAAAUGCUAGAAACACACUAAAGGUCCACCAGCACCUAACAAUAUAAAAGACAUUUUUGAUAUUUUGGGCCUAGGUCCUUAAUCAAUUUCAAAGAAGGGUCUGCACCUAAAAUGUUAACCUACAUUUUCAGAAUUUUAACUUUUUAUGCCCUUGAAGUUUUGAAUUCAAUAUAAUAAUUAUGUUUAACUUAUGAAAUAUUUUUGUAAAACUUUUUUUAAACUUGUUCUACUUUUAUUUUUAAACAUUGAUUUGAAGAUCUUCAAAGCUCAAAACCAAAGAGUGGAAAUGGCCUCUAUUUUCUGUCUGUGGGCAGUUAGCAUAAAAUAGCUGAAAUUAAAUAUUUAAUAUUUAAACGAUUGGAUGAUAGAAGUGUUAGGAUGUGGCAGAUGAUGUGUGCCAGGCAGACCAAAUCCACAAGAGAAACUUGGCCCCGCUAUCACAAUGGUUUUGCAAUUUGUAUUUAUUAUGAGAAGAUGUGUGCACUGAAUUCAGAAGUAAGAAUCCAUUAAGGCUUUUAGAGAUUUUAAAAAUUAAAUUAAAAUAUUUAUUAAAAUAUUUCAAGCACAUACAUAAGACCAUAAUUAUUUAAUACUAUAACAAAAAUUCCUAAUUAGCCUGACUCUGAGUCAAGGCAAUAGUCCAAAAUAGAUAUUAGAUAUUAAAAAAAACCAACAAGUUAAUACAGUACCCACUUGACGGUGGAAUUCCAAAUGGCUUUCUCCAACUUUAGUUACUGGACACAGCAGACUUGUGUACAAAUUGCUGGAGACUUCUUCAAAGCUGUUUCUCUCACUCCUGUUAGAUCUUACAUGGCCCCAACAUAGCUUUUCAUUCUCCUUUUAUAUAUGUUUCUGUCUCUUUAAUAAUCAAAUUCCAUUGUUCCAUAUGUCUAUGGAACUGUGCCUUUCCGAUUUAAUAUACAAAAACUUUCAUUUUGCCAAUAUUGUCAGUAACCUUUGGGGGGAAAAACACGUUGUUUAGUCUUGCUUAUCUGGCUAGUUGUAAACAGACAAACAUCCCUUUGAAAUCCAAACAAUCACUUAUCUAAAAAUGCAAAUUCUCUUCACACCUUUCAUGCUCAGACAGCAUCCAUGUUUACUCAUUAGCAGUUUAAGUACAUUUCUACACCUAGCUUCUUUUGAUAAUUUCAAGCUUGCAGUCUACCUGACUCCAAAUGUAAUUAAUUCACACAUAACUAUCUACACUCACACCCAUAAACUUACUUGACAAUAAACCCCAAAAAAUUAUGAAAAUUAUUAUACAUUCAUAACAGAAGGAAUUGGUGAUAAUGUAUAAUUUCAUAUCUACACAUUAUAAAUUUCUUAAAGCAGAAACCUAGGAUAAAAUGGCAGAUUUAUUUUUCCAUUUUGUUGUAGAAGUUAUGCAGUGCACAUUUUUUUUUUAAGUGUCCUCCAAUACAAUGGAAUGCAAUUGAAGUCUUUGGCAGUUUACAACUGGCAGAUAGCAUGAGUAAAAAAUAGCUUUGACUGAGGCACAGAGGGUUAUCACAGCAUUUCUUUUUGAAGUACAGUAUUAAUUUGCUGUUUGUUAUUAAAUGCUGUUGCUGGAAAAAAAAUUGCACAGCAAAAUGCCUAGUGUUUCCUGCUUUGCUUGUACAAUAUUAUUUUGAGUUUUUAUAAUGCAUACAUAGGCUUGGAACGCUUGCUGCUCUUUCUGGUGCUGAUUACUACCUCUAUUCUCAAGCCAAAACCAUCUGGCAUUGCAGAAGCUGGGCUCAAAUGAAGGCAUGUAAUGUGUCAUCAUUCUUCAGUAACUGGGUAUUUUGCAUCAAAGUUAACUAAUAGCUGUUUUGUGAUAUCUGAAAAACAGUUCAGUAGCAUCUCAAAAGCAAUAAACACAAAAAAAGUAAGCAAUUGUCAGAAAACCUACAAUCAUAAGAGAAAAGCUGUAAAAGCAUAGCAUUGAUGAAUUAUUUUUUAGCCAAAAAGAACUUAUACUGAGCCAUUUUGGAUGCAAUUGAAGUUCAAGAUUCAGUUACAGGAUCCCUGUUACAAAGUGCCCAAAAACACAGAAUACAUUACAAGCAUCAAUCGAUAAUACAGUGAAUGAGUUCAGGGACAGGAAUGCAUGUACUGUUUCCAGCAUUUUCUGUGUUAUUACAUAUGAGCCUGCUUGCUAAACACUGCCAAACCUAAAUAUGCUGUGUUUAUUGAAUUACCAACUGUAUAAUAAAGAGUGCAAUGUGUGUGCA